AUGCGUCUAAUGGAAUACGGAUGCAAAUAUGAAAGCAGAGCUGCUCGAUAUGACCUAUGCAAGAAAAUCCCACCAAGAAAGGCGUUCAAUUACACAGACAUGAAUUAUCGCUAUGUCUACCAUCGGCCACAUCGAACACCAUUAGAAGCCCUAUUAGACGCUGUGCACGAAUGGUGGGAUACGCACUUGUAUAAUCACGGAUUCAGAGGGCUUAUUCCGCGAAAGAAGGACUUCCCAACAAUUCCAUUUUUCAUGAUGGCCAACGCUGAAACAUGGAGGUUGGGCUGUGCAGUGGAACUCUGCAUCGACAACGACUCACCGACGCUGGCGCGCUAUUAUGCCGUUGUGUGCCGCUACGGCAGACCGCCACGUCAUUGGGCAAAGCCACUUUAUGAGAAAAGGUCCACCGUGUCUAAAUGUGGCCCGCGGCCUUCAAAGAUGCCGCUCCAAGAAAAAAAACUUUGCGAUGAAAAUAAUGAAGUGCACGACUUUAUUUGA